AUGAUGUCACGACUCAACCAGACAGUAGUGACAGAGUUUAUACUGCAAGGUUUCUCAGAGCACCCUAGUCUAAGACUGUUCCUGACAGGCUGCUUCUUGUCCCUCUAUGUAAUGGCUCUAAUGGGCAACAUUUUGAUCAUUGCUUUGGUCACCUUCAGCACUGGGCUCCACAGUCCCAUGUACUUUUUCCUGUGCAACCUGGCCACCAUGGAUAUUAUCUGCACCUCCUCUGUGCUGCCCAAGGCGCUGGUUGGUCUACUAUCUGAGGAAAACACCAUCUCCUUUAAAGGGUGCAUGGCCCAGCUCUUCUUCCUUGUGUGGUCCUUGUCUUCAGAGCUGCUGCUGCUCACAGUCAUGGCCUAUGACCGCUAUGUGGCCAUCUGCUUUCCCCUGCACUACAGCUCUAGAAUGAGCCCACAGUUGUGUGGGGCUCUGGCCAUGGGUGUAUGGUCCAUCUGUGCUCUGAAUGCAUCUAUCAACACUGGUCUGAUGACACGGCUGUCAUUCUGUGGACCCAAGGUCAUCACCCACUUCUUCUGUGAGAUUCCCCCACUCCUUCUGCUCUCCUGUAGCCCCACAUACGUAAACAGCAUUAUGACUCUAAUAGCAGAUGUCUUCUAUGGAGGCAUCAAUUUUGUGCUUACCUUACUAUCCUAUGGCUGCAUCAUUGCCAGCAUCCUGCGCAUGCGUUCUGCUGAGGGCAAGAGGAAGGCCUUUUCUACCUGCUCAUCCCACCUCAUCGUGGUCUCUGUGUACUACUCAUCUGUGUUCUGUGCCUAUGUCAGCCCUGCAUCCAGCUAUAGCCCAGAAAGAAGCAAAGUUACCUCUGUGUUGUACUCAUUCCUCAGCCCAACCCUGAACCCCCUCAUUUACACAUUGAGGAACAAAGAUGUCAAGCUCGCCAUUGGCAGGCUCUUGCCCUCUUUCUCACAUUAA